AUGUACGAAUUCACAAGCCUACAUGUCAUCGACAACACGGGACAAGCGAUUGCUACAGGACCGGGACCAGGACUUCCAGCCCCAUUUAGAGCCGCCGCCACAUACUUCAGAAUCGAGCUCCAAUUGAUCCCACGGCUCUGUUCCCUACAAACUGACAUUGGAAUCAACCCAACAAAGUUCCCACCAUCUUCCAAUCGAGCUGUCUACGUUCCAGUGCCAAGAGUCCAGAACCAGAUGGACGUAUCCAUCACUUGCCAAAUGGUAAUGGACCAAGCACAUCACAAGGAAAUCAUCGCAGCAAUGGCAGCAUUGGGAGAAGAGUUCUCGAUGAGAGCCGCGACCAGAGACGGAGAACCCGAUAACAAAAGCCUACGAAAAGUGGUCCAAGCAACAGAUUGCAAAGACCCAAUUCCAAGCGCUCGAACAAGCACUCACGGCCACCUGCGAGCCACGAUGAUGUACGACAGCAUGGCUAUGUUAUUUGGCAGAAUUGCCACGAUUCUAAAUGGGUUCAACCACGAGAAUCCCCCGCCAACCAACCUAUCAGACUUGGCAGGAGUAGCGUUCCAAGCCUUCACACAAGAAAUCAAGGACGUUGUGGCUGAACACCUAGAGACGGGAGCAGCGGGACCACUACUUAUGGACUACCCCAGCAACCUGUCUCGAAUGCACCGCCCACGCGAACGAGCAGAGAAAGAAGAGAAGCGCAUCAAGCAACUUGUGGGAAUUGCAAACAGCGCGGGACGAAUCAGACCCAACAGAAGCUACGUUCCAGGACGAUCCGCACCACCAAGACCAGGAGGAAGAGCCUUCGCGGGAUUCCACCAACCAGAAUUCCAAGGAUUCCAGGGAUUCCAAGAAUUCCAGGACGAUCGCUCCUUCCAAGCUCCAGAGAUCAAGACCGUGGGAACCUUCCACACCGCAAUGACGCCCCCUCCAACUAUGGCGGCAAAACAAAACGUUCGAGUCACCGACGGCCAAGGAAGACAAUUAGUGGUCCCGACAUCCGACAGCAAACUAUACUGCCCGGAAGCGGUUGUCAACAUGCUGUCGUGCAUGAGUAUCAUGGAGGAACUCGGACAACAGCAGGAAGAAGAAAAUGGGUGGACAAUGCUCAGCCAAGCGGAAGAAGCACUGCAAAAGGCAAGCGGCAAGCCAUACCCAAUCCACUGUUGGGGAUGCAACGAGGAAGGCCACAACUUCCGAGACUGCCCACACAAAGAGGACCCCCAAGUCCUAAAACGUUUCUAUGAAAAACUGGACCAGUGGAAGCGACAAAAGAACGAAGAACGCAAUCGAAAUAGAAAUAAUAAUUCCCAUUAUAGACGAGGAGGAUAUAUGACCCAAGCAAUCUGCGACACAGUUCAAGCCAUCGAGGAUCCACAGACAGAAUCGGGGGAGAGGACAAACCUGUUGGUGAAUCUCGUCGAAGCGGUCACGGCCCACACUUCCACAGCAGCAGCAAGGAAAAGACCAACACGAGCCGCAACCCAGCCGGCACUAUCAUUUGUCACCUUUGGAAGCUUUGCGGCCAUGGAACAAGCCCACCAACUGAACUUCUCGGUCAACGACAUGCUGGCAUUUUUGAACUUUCCCAUCGGACUCAACAAAUCCAACACAGCCAACUUGAAAGGACUCUACGACACCGGAGGAUGCUGCAACAUGGGCAAGAAAGACUACCACCUGGCCAUCGCAAAACAACACCCGCACCUUGUCAAACAGAUCUUUGACCUACAGAAGAUCCGCUACGCUCCAAUCAAGAUCGGAGGAAUCAAAGACAGUGUGGAAAUUGAAGUCAUCAUUGAGUACUUCAUUCCUUUUGAAAACGGACAGGGAGAGAAUCACACUUUGAUGAUAGGACUGACGGACGACUUUCCGAUCAACACACUUUAUGGAUUACCAUUGAUCCUAAAAGCCAAGCUGGUAGCUCAGUUCUACCAGAAUGCGGUCAUUUCCAACUUCUUCAACCAGGAAUUUGACCUCACAUUGAAAUGCCCGAGACUUCUCCCAACGGAACAAGUGGAACGGAACCAAUCAUCGGAUCGCAAAGUAUUCUCUGUCAGAUUUGACACCACAGACGAGAACCUUUGA